AUGAAAAUUGUUUUUAUAUUUGCAAUUAUUAUAACAAUAUUUUUUAGUAAAAACAUUAAAUGCUUUAAUGAUGUAAAUUCAAAUGGGGAAAAAAACUUACAAGAGCAAAACAUUAAGGGGGAUGGUAGUAUUUCGACACAAGAAAACCAAAAUGUUGAUGAAGUAAAUAGCCAAAAUAAGGAAAAUGUAAAAGAUGAAAUGAAUGAAAAGCAUGACAAACAAUAUAACAUCGAAAUUAACUCAAAGCAUAAUAAUAACAAUGAUAUAAUAUAUAAUGAAUUAUACGAUUAUAAUAAUAACGAACUUUUCAAAAAUGACACAAACUACAUAAGGAAUGAGAGCGGAAAAGACUAUAUUGAGAGGGAUCCUUUCUUGUUUAAUAAUGAACAAAUGGAUAAAAUGAAUAACAAAGAAAACAUGCAUAAUAAACCUGAAAAAGAAGGGCGAAACAGUAAUACUGAAAAUAAAUUAAAAAAAAACAAUGGGUAUAAUAUGAACAAUUCAGAAAUUAAUAACACAAAUAAUGAAAAAAAAAAAAAUGGUCAUAAUAAAAAAAAUCCAAACGAAAAAGGAGAUGCUGAAUAUAAUAAAGAUUUAAUACAUUUUGAAAAAGAGUUUAGGGAAAUUGAUGAAGAUUCAGGCGAUAAUAGUACAAUUGAAGAUAUUGGUUUAAAUUUGAAAAAUGACACUGAUAAAAAUAUGAACAAGUUAGGUAAAAAUUAUGACCCAGAUAGCCAAAAUGGAAAUGUUCAUAAUAGAGAUAAACGACAAAGUAAACAAAGCACAAACAAAAAUAACAAAAAAAAAGAAAAUCAGGAUUGGAGAGGAAAGGUAAAUACAAAGGAAAAUAUUCCACAUAAUCACAAAAACGAAAUGUUACUUGGAAAAGAACACGAGUCAAUAAAAUAUUUUUUUGAAAUAUUAACUGAAACAUUCAUCAUAAUAAAACUAGGUAUUAUGCAUAGAUUUAAAAAUUAUUUAAUUCCAUUAAAAAAUAUAAUAAUUCACAAAAUUUUAAAUAAAAUGGAAUUUGUGUGCACAAAUAUAUUAUGGCUACAUAAGGUAGGUAGUGAACAGUAUAGAGAUACAUAUGGUUUUAUAUUAAUAAUAUUAUUCAUAUUAGCUUUAAAAUAUAUAAUAAAACAAACAACUUUUAAGAUUAAAAAAAAAAAAGAAGAUGAAAAUGGUGUAUUUAAAAAUAAAAGCAAUGAAAAUAUAUAUAUUGAAAAUUUAUUAAAAAGAAUUUUGUAUAAAGUUGAAAGAAAAAAUACGCUAGAAUUUGAAGAUAACAAUAAUAUUAAUAUAUUACAGCAUAUUUUAGAAAAUACUGAUAAUAUAUUAGUAAAUAGUAAUAUAAUAAAUAAAGAAAAUAAAACUAUAUAUACAGAUAUGACAUCAAAUAUAAAUAAUAUAGGCGUAUUUACAUAUGUUUCUACACAAGCUUUAAAAAAAAUUAACUAUAAAACAGAUGUUAUAAUUAAUGAGUUAACAGGAGGUAGAGCAAAUGAUUUAGGAGAUAUACCUGAUGAUAACAAAACAGAUAGUUAUAAAAAUUUAACAAUGAAUGAAUAUGAAGAAUAUGGCAUGAAUAAAAUGAAAGGAAAUUUUGUAAAUUAUAAUGAAUAUGAUGAAAAUUAUAUUAAUAAUAAAUUAGGAUAUAACAUGAUGGGGAAUCAUAACGAAUUUCAUGAUUUUCCCACAAAUUUUGUAAAAAAAAAUAAUGAUUAUCCCUUUAUUAAUAACAAUAGUAAUAUGAUUGAAGUAGAUAACAUGCUAUAUGGGGAAAUUGGUGGCGAAGAAAGGAAUCAUAAUAUAGGAGGGGUAGUAAAUGGUUUGGAAAAUAAUAUAGAUAAAAAUAUUAAUGGUAAUAUAGAUGGAAAUAAUAUUAGAAGAAAAUUGAAUAGUUCAAAUAAAGUUUCUGGAAAUAUAUCUCCUUAUUCGACAGGAAAUUCCGAAAUAUACGAUGCUAUAUCAAAUUCCAAAAAUAAUAAUACGAAUGAAUAUGAAGAACAUAAAAUUCAUUCUUUUCAUUUGAAAAAUAAUGAAGAAGAUAGGCAAACUAAUUCCCCAUUUAUUAAUCCCUAUUUAAAAGGAAAUAAAAAAACAGAUUUAAUAGAAAGCAACAUAAAUAAUUCAAUGUUAAAUCAAAAUGAUAAAACAAAUAAUACUAAUGGAAUUAAUAAUUUAGUAAAUUCAAAUGAAGAAAUGGAUAAUAUGAAUGCACAUCCAUAUCGAUAUAGUCAAAAUAUUAAUAAUAAUAAUAACAAUAAUAAUAAUAAUAAUAAUAUGAGAGAUUCAAAAGAGCAUGUAAAUAAUUAUUCUACCAAUUUUAUGCAUAAUAAAAAACCAUCCAUUCCUUUAAAUGAAAAUAUUUCAAUUCGUGACAACAUUCAAGAAAACUCUAAUUAUCUUAUUCAGAGUGGGGAAUCCAAUAGAGAGUCAAUAAUACCUGACAUGAAUAACGAAGAAAUAAUAACAAGUUCCAAUAUAAUUAGUAACUACGAAAACAGGGCCGACUUAGUGAAUAAUUUGCCAAAUAAAAGUGACCCUUUUUUGAAUGAAAGAAAAAAUGGAAUAAAAAAUUUAGAAAAUGAUAAUUUUAUGAAUAAACAAAAUACUUUUCCUAACCAUGCAUCACCUCCUUUUUCAUAUGUAACUCCACCCCAACAAUGUACCGACAAUAUAUCAUCACGGAAUAGUAAAUAUCUAACUCAAAGAAAGGAACGACAAGAAAUAAUCGCAACGAAAUCUCCUUUUAAUUAA